AUGGCUGCACGCCUGCCCUUGUCAGCAUUGCCUCGACACGGCCGGCGGGGAUCCGCCAGCCAGCGCUGCUUCCCCCAGCUAUUCGCAAGAGUGGCCCUUCGCCAGAGUGGCCUCUGGUGCGUGGCCCUCUGGGGGGCGCUGGGAGGCCAACUGGGGAGGGCCUGCUCCAGGGGGCAGCAUCGACCUCCGAUCGCCCACUCCUCGCCUAUCCAGGCCUCGGUGCCCCAGCCUGCCCAGACCCGCCGGGCUUCCCAGCCGGGGGCCUCUCGCCUCGGCGACGUGCUUGCCGUCGAUUCUGGGCCACUGCCCCCCCCCUUUAUCAGCCAGCGCCCAGACAUGUGCUUGACGGUGCUCUGCCCAGACACGCCGGGAUUCCCCAGUCGGGGGCCUAUCGCCUCGGCGACGUGCCUGCCGUCGAUCCCGGGCCACCGUCCCCCCCUUUGUUGGCCAGCGCCCAGACGUGUGCUCUACACGGUGCGAAGCAGCCUUGCAGAUGGGGGCUGGGGAGCCCUCGCCUGCGAGGACGGGCCGUGGAGGACUGGCCAUGGCGGGCUGUGGAAGCCGAGGCGCCCUGGCGCACCUGGCGCUCCCACCACGGGGCGCCCCGGCGACAUCGCCGCCACCGCCCGAAGCCAGCGCCCCGCUGUCGCGGGGGAGCCAGGCCCAACCGCGCGGGGCCGCCGCUGCCGCGCCGCGCGCAGCGGUCGGCAGGCGCCGCGCGCCAGAGGGUCACUCGUGCCCGGGGCCACUCCUUGCGCGUGGCCGGCCUCCUCCACUCCUCCGCCGGGAGCGCGUCGCGCGCGUAGAGUUUCAGUUUUGCUCGUGCCCGCCGGCAGCGCUCGGCGGGGCCGGGCGAGGAACCUUUUUUACGGGAGGGCCGAGAUGGAGGCGAACAGCACGAGGGCGGCCGAAGGCCUGCAGCAGCUCAGCCCCUCUUCGAACGGGAGCAGCCGUGGGUGGCGCUGCGUACGCCGUCCGUUUGUAACGAGGCGCGCGUGCCCGACAUCGGCCGUUGCCACUUUUGGGCAACCCGUGCUGUGGGGAAACCGCUCCCAUUCUUUCCGUGCCGCCUCGGGUGUGACAGGACGGGGCAGG